AUGGGUUUGUUGUGCGUAGCGAAGUCCUGUCAAGAGCAACUUUUUUUGAGUAUGUAAAACAUUUGAUUUUAUUUUCUUAAUUUUACAUUAUUUGUUAAAUGCACAUCUGAAGGAACAAUUGGUUACUGAAUUCUGUUAAUGAGCAAUGUGUUUUAAAUCAAUCAACUUCUGUUUUUCUUUUUAAUGAAAGACAAUGUAUUUAAUAGGGAUGUUAACAAUAAUAUCAUUUUUUUAAAGCCAACUUGUUGUCAGCUUAAGGCAUCUGGUUUUAAACCUGUUUUCAUUUUUUAAUAGCAACCUUGUUUAAACCAAUAAUUUUAUGAAAACUUUUACCAUUUUCUCAGCAUCUUUGGAGCUUACUGUAGAUGCGUUUGUUCUAGGCCUGCUCAGGAAGAACAUUCAACAGAAAGAAAUGGAGGCUUCUUCCAAUGUCAUCAAGAAUAUGGAAGGAUUGGUCAGGUGAGUUGUGCCCCUGGCUAAGUGUCUCUCAUUGGGGAGUAUGACAGAAUUGUGUUUGUGGAUGUGCUGACAGGAAUGAAAAUUAAGCUUUUAAGGCAGCAGCUGAUCUCAUGUUGAAUAUUGGUCAAAGGUGGUGCCUCUAAACAUGAGCAUGGAUUUUAAUCUUUGAUAUUCAAUUUAAUAAUACUAUUAACUUUAUAUAAAGAAUCCAAAAAUAAAAGUAGACAUAAAUAAAAACUAUAUCAUCUUACAGCACAGAAAAGUGAAAAAGUGCAUUCUUUGAAAAAUAAACAUCUUAUAACACACACAUAAAGUAACGAUCUUGUCACUAUAUUGUGUUUUGUGAAUGUAUAGGAAAAAAAGCAAAAUAUCUCUGUCAGUUGGGAAAGGUGCUGGCUUAUUUAUAGGCAGAAAGUUGGAAACCUGCAGAAAAAAAUUCUAGAAAUUGCAUCCCAUGAUAGCAUUCUUUAGAACAAAUAAUAACAUGAACAACCCAUUUCCCAAUCAAGGGAAGGUUGGGUAAAAUGGAUUGGCAUUGGGCAUUUAAUCUGAGACAGUAAUAUCAAAACAAGGAAGAAGGAGUAAGAUUGAAUACCACUGCUUUUUGGUGAAUAAAAACUAGGUUAACAUACAGGCUAUAAAAGAGGUAGGGGUAAAUUAGGACAUAUAUUCAAAAACUUUAAAUUCUCUUUGACAGAACAGGAUAUAUAAAUUUUAACAUUUUACAGGCGCUAUUAAAAUUACAGAACGAGAAAAAACAUCACUUCAUAAAAUGGAGUCUAAAUUAUGGUAGAUUAAUUUGCCUGAUUAUGUUGGAUUAAUUUGCCUGAUUAUGUUGGAUUAAUUUGCCUGAUUAUGGUGGAUUAAUGUGCCUGAUUAGUACCUGGGAUAUAUCUUGAAAGUUUCUAAAAUAAUAAUGAUAUUUUUUUUCAUUAAAUCACAUUGCCUGUCUACUUUCUUUAUUAAAAAUUUCUGUCUCUCAUAUUUCAAGCUGUCCUUCCUGUAAAUACUCAGGACUAAUGGAAAAUGAACAGCAUGAGUUUGUGUGUGGCAAUAACAAUUGCACGGUGGUGAGUAUCAAGUUUUUAAACUAUUCUCAUUCAUUCAAUCACCCCACACACAAAAAAUAUAUUUUGUCAUAUAGUGGAGAGUAUUUUGUUAUUCUCUUAAGUCCUGGAGCUGGUUUAUUUAGUGUGUAUAAUUAUGAUUCACUGGUUACAGCUAUACUUGGAUUAUGUCAAAGGACAAAUCCUCCAAUUUAACAGUUAACAAUUUGAUAUGAAAAAAAUUGUUUUGGAUGAUUCAGCACAUAGCAAAUGACUGGUGUUUCUUAUUUGCUUUCAUGAUCAUGACACAGUUACUGAUUUGUUGCAUGCUAAACAGUUGAGCCCAAAUUAUGAAAAGUUGGGGUAGAUGUAAUAGUCAAGAUGUGAACAUUUAAAAGUCAGACCCAUGUCUAUCUUGUAGAUAUUGCCACUAGAAAUACCCUUAGGAAAACUGCCAGCUAGAAACAGUUUGUUUUGGUCAGCCUAUCAGGUUUCAUGUUGAAAACUUAUGCCUUGUUGUUUUAUUUCACUUUCUUUUAAGAGAUGCUGUCGUUACUGCAAGUCCAAAUGGACAAACAAGGAUGAUCACCUGGGCUGCUACCUGCUGAGCUCUGUGGGUACAGAAUGUUUCAAUGACAUUAAAGAUUCACCACUCAACUGGGAGAAAACAGAUAUGUCCAGCAAUGAUUUUCAGGUGAGUCUUCUGCACCAGAUGUAUCCUGUUAAUCUUUUAUUGACGGUGGUGAAUUCAUCUUAUCUAGUAUUUAUGUUUAAAAUUGAUUCCCAUAUAAACUGAGCAGUGACAUAUUGUAAACCAGGCACAGUCCUAUGCCUUUUACCGCGACUGGGGCAUAGGUCAUCUACAAGAAUUUUCCCCUCAUCUCGGUCCUGUGCUUUCCUUUCCAAUGGCUUCCAGCUAUCUGCCUCUAGCACUGUGCUUUCCUUUCCAAUGGCUUCCAGGUAUCUGCCUCUAGUCCUGUGCUUUCCUUUCCAAUGGCUUUCCAGGUAUCUGCCUCUAGUCCCGUGCUUUCCUUUCCAAUGUCUUCCAGGUAUCUGCCUCUAGUCAUGUUCUUUUCUUUCCAAUGGCUUUUAUUCCUGUGCUUUCCUUUCAAAUGGCUUCAAGGUAUCUGCCUCUAGUCCUGUGCUUUCCUUUCCAAUGCCUUCAAGGUAUCUAACUCUUGUUUGCGUCUUCAUGGCCUUCCUUUCUUCCUUUUUUGCUCUGGAAGCAAUGUUAGAGAUUGUCUGGAGAUAUUACUGUUGGUUUACGAAGAGUAUGCCCUGUCCACCGUCAUCAUUUCCUUAUGAUGUCUACAGCAGUAGACUCUUGGUGUGUCCUUUCCAAUAAGUGUUUGUUGGUGAUGAUGUUUGGCCAUAUGAUGUUUAGGAUCUUUCUAAGAAGAAUUUUUGUGAAGGUCUGUACUUUCUGCGUAAUGCUCACUGAUAUUAUCCAAGUCUCAGCGCCAUAGAGUAGGACUGUUUUGACAUUUGUGUUGAAAAUUCUGACUUUGGUUUGCAGAGUCAGCUCCUUCGAAUCUCAUUCUUUUUCUUUCUUACAGUUGCCAUACCUUAUUUAACCCAAGAAUUGUCAUAACGUCAGAUCAUUAGCUCUUUAAAAUUUAACAUUAUAAAUCAGAACUUUUAUUGUUUUUUAUUUGUUAAGUGGAAUAACUCUAACAAAUUAGAUUUACUUCCUGUUUAUAGAAGACUAAGGUAAAUAUCUUACAUGUUAAAAAUAUUUUUAAGUUUUAAAAAAGCUGAAAUUUUGAAGGAGCUUUUUUUAAAGUUAAAAUUAAUGCGUAGAACACAAAUGUUGGCCCUGCAAAACAAAAACCUAAUUAAUUUGAAUUAUUUGAAAGUGAGCUUGGAAAUAGGUUUGUUGGCAUUAUUCUUAGCAGUGAUACAUACAAUAGUUGAGCUUACUAGCUAGCAGUUCAAGUCCUAAUAGUGCAAGUAGUGGAAAAUGGGGCACUAAUGAAUUUAAUAGGUUAUAUAUAAGAAAUAUGUAUUUCACCACUGAAUUUUAAAAUAUUUUUUUUUUAAAAUUUUAUAAACCCAACAGCUUUAUAAUUUCCAAAAUGAAAGAAUAAUGUUUGAUGUGUCUGAAAAUCUUUUUUAGAUGAUAAAAAUGACCCACAAGUCAGUGUGGCUCUGAGGUUAAUGAAAUAUAAACAGGAGCACAGUUGCUUUUACUGUUAAAAGUUCAAGGUCAUAAUCAUUUCACAAUUAUUAUUUUACUUUCAUGAUCACCAUAAUUUUCUGCAUCAUAUAAUUCAAAUUAUAACUAAAAUCAGAUGUUGCAUAAUUUUCCACAGCCUUGUGAAUGUCCCUUAAUGAUUUUUAUCAGUUCUCAUGCUAACCCAUUCUGACUCUGUGCAGGUGAAAAUUGAUCCAACCAGCCUUGAAGGAUUAGGUUGGAAUGAAUACUUCCAGAAGACCAAUCCUAAGAUGAGAAUUGUAGCAAUAUGGCGAAUACAGAACAGGAGGCUAUGGGAGAGAUAUGUUGUGUAA